CUGCAAGACCGUACUCAGUUCAGUGACCGAGACUUAGCCACUCUUAAGAAGUACUGGGAUAAUGGCAUGACCAGCCUUGGCUCUGUAUGUAGAGAGAAAAUUGAAGCAGUUGCAACUGAAUUAAAUGUUGACUGUGAAAUAGUUCGGACUUGGAUUGGGAAUCGAAGAAGGAAAUAUCGUUUAAUGGGGAUUGAAGUUCCACCUCCAAGAGGAGGCCCUGCUGAUUUUUCUGAGCAGCCAGAGUCUGGUUCUUUGUCUGCGCUCACACCAGGAGAGGGAGCUGGUCCUGAAGUAGGAGAGGAUAAUGACAGGAAUGAUGAAGUAUCCAUCUGUUUGUCUGAAGGAAGCUCUCAAGAAGAGUCCAAUGAAGUGGUUCCAAAUGAGGCAGGAGCUCAUAAGGAGGAGGACCACCAUGCAAUAGCUACGGAUAAUGUGAAAAUAGAAAUUAUUGACGAUGAAGAAAGUGACAUGAUAAGUAAUUUGGAAGUAGAACAAGUGAAUUCUCUCUUGGAUUAUAAGAAUGAAGAAGUCAGAUUCAUUGAAAAUGAGCUAGAAAUUCAAAAGCAAAAAUACUUUAAACUUCAGACGUUUGUUAGAAGCUUGAUACUAGCUAUGAAAGCUGACGAUAAGGAACAACAGCAGGCACUGCUGUCAGAUUUACCUCCUGAAUUAGAAGAGAUGGAUUUCAAUCAUGCUUCGCCGGAGCCUGAUGAUACCUCAUUCAGUGUGUCUUCUUUAUCAGAGAAAAAUGCCUCAGACAGUUUGUGAUUUGUAGGGGGGAGGUAUAUGAUACAGACUUGGCUGCCUAACA